GGGGGGACAGAGGGACACAGGGCCGGACACAGGGCCGGACAGACGGACACAGGUGGGCCCGACCCCCCAGCCAGCUGCAGGCUCCAUGCAGGGGACGGCCCCACCCCGGGCAGCGUACCGGGCAGCUAUGGUGCUGAGCGGGGCGGGUGACGCGCUGGGCUACCGGAACCAGCGCUGGGAGUACUGCCCCUCGGGCCCCCAGAUCCACGCCGAGCUGGCCCAGCUCGGGGGGCUGGGGGGCAUCCAGGCCGCGCCCCCCGACUGGCCUGUCAGCGACGACACUGUCCUGCACCUGGCGACCGCUGAGGCCCUGGCCACCGGACUGGAGGGGGAGCCAUUGCUGCAGGAGCUGGCACGAGGCUACGUGGCAGCGAUGGGUGACAUGGAGGAGAGGAAACCCGGCCCCACCAGCAUCCUGGGGACAUCCCAGCUGCGCCCGGGCGAGCCAGCCGGGUACCGGAUCCCCUUCAACCCCAGUGCCACCGGCUGCGGGGCCGCCAUGCGCUCCAUGGCCAUCGGGCUCAGGUACCCACGCCCCACGGAGCUGCUGACCCUGAUCCGGCUCAGCGUGGAGAGCGGGCGCAUGACGCACCAUCACCCCACAGGGUACCUGGGGGCACUGGCUUCAGCCCUGUUCACGGCCUAUGCAGUGCGGGGGCUACCCCUGGUGCAGUGGGGGGCCGGCCUGCUGCAGACGCUACCCCUGGCCCAAACCUAUGUGCAGGACGCAGGUGUCGACACCCAGCCCAACCUGGACGCCUGGGGGUACUUCCCCCAGAAAUGGGCCUGGUACCUGGCUGAGCGGGGCCUGGCCAAAGGACAUGGCCCCCCACGGUUCCCCUCCCCCUAUGGCCCAGCAGAGCGGGACGGGAUCUACCAGACCUUCAGCCUGGAGGGCUGGGCGGGGCGCAGCGGACACGACGCCCCCAUGAUCGCCUACGACGCGCUGCUGGGCGCUGGCAACCGCUGGGAUGAGCUCUGCAGCCGGGCCAUGUUCCACGGAGGAGACAGCGACUCGACGGGCGUCAUUGCGGGGUGCUGCUGGGGGCUGGCGCACGGGCUGGCCGGGGUCCCCGAGGGGAAUCACCAACACCUGGAGUACCGGCACCGCAUGGAGGCAGCCGCCGACCGGAUCCAUGCCCUGGCCUGGGGGGAGAGCGCCCCAUGAGCAGGGGGACCCCCCUCCCAAGCACGCCACUCCCCCGGCACUGCCCGGACACCCCACCACAGGCCAGGGCUGGAUUUGGGGGGUCCCCUGUUCCCCAGACACAUGGGGGAGGGCAGCAAAUUCCCAGCCCCCCCAUGAGCCAUGGGCCCCCACCCACUAGCACGUCCUACUGCUGCACCCAGGUCACCAGGCUCUUGUCUCCAGGGGUCUCCCAGGUCAGCAUCGGGCUGCUUCUGGCACCAGCCUGCUCAAUAAACCCCUGUCUCCUGCC